AGGGGAUUACAUUAUAUUAUUGUCACGCCGUAGUCCCCGACGACGAGGCCAUUGUCGUAUCCUCUCCCUCGUCCAUUAGCGACGAGGGCUGCGCGGCGGGGACGAGUCUAAUGGGAAAGUCGUAAAGACUUAGCCCCGGAGAGAGGGGUAUAUAGCGUCUUCUUCUUCUUCUUCUCCUCUCCCUUUGGACUAUCUUUCCGCUUCGAUGCGUUAUAUAUGUGUGUUCGUAAAACGCUACCGUGCAGCGAUUGGUUUUCCGGAGAUUGAGUGGCCGAAAGAUAACCCGACCAAUUAGCGCUUAUUCCCCCAAACAAACAAACAAUAGUCAAAAGUAUCACCGCCCACCGCGAGUCUCUCUACUUUCACUCCUCGAAGAGCCAGAAUCCAACCCCACCCGAUCGCGCAUAGGCUCCCCCCUCUCUCUCUCUCUCUCUGUCUAUUGGCGAAAAUUCGUGCGCGCGGGCUAUUUCGGUCCCUAAGACGUCUCUCUCUCUCUCUCUCUCUCUCUCUCUCUCUCUCUCUCUCUCUCUCGCAUUUUUGGGGGAGAAGCUCGCGCGUCGCGACGCCCGCGAGCGAGAGAAGUCAGUUGAAAAGAGGCGUCUGCAGGGGACGCAGCGCGACGACGUCGCCGGCGCCGACGACGAAUAACGAAAAAGAAAAACGAAGAUAAGAUAUCUAUAUCACACGACGACGACGACCACGACGAAGAAGAAGAUUAUCCAAGAUAUUAUACUCGACUUCUUCACGAAAAGCCCAUAAACGAACGAUUUUCAUCGAUUAACCGAUCCAUCUCCCUACACAUACUAACUACAACGAUCGUCCUUGCCCCCUAAUCUUCUCCCUUUCACCGCUAACUCGCUAUUUUCAUAGCCCCCAUUAUACAUUGUAACGACGAUUGAGAGAACGACCAAAAGUUUCUUCGACUAGUUUAACGACCGUAUAUAUUUAUCGUAUAUAACAACGAGAGGAAAAUCGCGAACUCUCUCGAACGACAUCGAACUUGUACGUAUAGGUCUUACGUAUCACUGUAUACUCGAUUAAGAACACGCAAUGGCUGCCAUCACAUUGGACUCCAUCGACAUCGCGAACAUCCUCGCGCAGGAACUGCUGUACCAGCAGCUGGUGUCACCUCUGGAGGGCUUGCACAGCGGCGUACCGACCCGUACCACACCGACGCUGACCCCGACGACUCUGCGCUCGAUCGAGAAUACGUUAUUCCUCGGCUUCAACGAGGAGCCUGCGUCCCACAGCCGCGAGGCCGGCUUCGUGCCACCUCUGAUCGAACCGUCCCAGCCUACGCCCACCCAGACCCAGAACAACGCGAUCCAACAGCAGCAGCAGCAGCAGCAGCAGCAGCAGCAGCAGCAGCAGCAACAACAGCAACAGCAACAGCACAACAACGUUCUGCUGGAGGUUCAGCAGCAACAGCAGCAUAAGCAACCGCACCAGCAGCAGCAGCAGCAGCAGCAACAGCAGCAGGUUCAGCAGACGCAAAUUCAGACCCAACAACAACAACAACCGGCGACUGCCACGACCAGAAGAAACAUGGGCGGAAGGAGACCCACCAGGACCGUCGGCAUGAGUCCCGAGGAGGAGGAGAGGAGACAGAUCCGCAGGGAGAGGAAUAAGAUGGCUGCGGCCAGGUGCCGCAAACGCAGGAUGGACCACACCAAUGCUCUACUAGAAGAAACCGAGGGCUUGGAACAGAAAAAGCAGAACCUCAAGGACGAGAUCCAAGAGCUGCAGCAGAUGAAGAUGGACCUGGAGCUGAUGCUCGAAUCCCACCGCACGGUCUGCCGGCUGCACUCCUCCUCGCCGCCGGACAUCAAGCCCGUGAUCGUCCUCAACAGCAAAGCCCCCACGACGAACGGCAACGCCACCGAUCUCCACGCCGACGAGUUUCACACCGACUACUCCUGCAACAAGCAGCAGCAGCAGCAGCAGCAGCAACAGCAACAGCAACAGCAACAGCAACAACAACAGCAACAGCAGCACAAUAAUCUCAACAACGGCCUACGACCGAACCGACCCAAUUCCCUCCCGGUCGGCUUCGACAACAACAACCAGCAUCGACCCACCUCGCUGCCCAUCUUCACCGAGCCGAAGCCCCGACCGUCGACCUUGCAAUUCAAGACGAUCGAGACCCCGGCCUUCAUGAAGACUGCCGCCGAAGUCGCCGGUAUCCCAAUCACCACCCCGUCCAGCGGUAUCCCCUUCAACUUCGACUCCCUCAUGGAGGGCGGCACCGGGCUGACGCCCGUCUCGACGCCCCUCGUACCCUCUUGCUCCAGCCAGCAGAGGAAUAACGGCUCGAACAGUAACUCCACUGGACACCACCACCUCUCCGCCGUCGACCUCAGCUCGCCCGAUGCCAAUCCGCCCAAACUCGUGAGCUUGUGACGCCACGAGCACCAUGACGACGACGACGCCGGCUUCGCUCUCGUCGAUGCCGGCGCCGACUUCGAGGACGACCCCGAAUGAGGAGCGCCGUUGGCCGACGUUGCCGACGCGUCCGAGUUAUUUGUUUAGUUUGCGUGGACGUUCGCGCCGCGACGAGCACUGCUCAUGCUGAUGAUGAUACACGUUGCCAUAUUAUUAGGUGUCCCUUCGCUGCGAGAGGAUUUCUUUUUUCGUAUGUUGUACACGCCGUGGACGCGACUAGACUCGCCGCAGGCUGAUCUUUUUCUCGUCCGAGCGACGAAGAUGUGUAAUAAAAAUGAUGAUGUAAACAUGUCAAUUUUUCAGUAUUGUACUUUGGAACACGAGUAAUAAAUACACGAUGUUGCUUGAACGAGCAAAAAGUUUAAA